AUGAGCUUUGCUCAAAACUGCAUUUCGCCUCAGAGCUUCAAGAUUUUCUCAACGCUUGCGACCUCCCUGCUUCAGCUCAUCUUAGCUCACCGAGAAUUCUAUCCGACCACUCCUUUUCUCCCUUGGAAACAUGGUAGUGAACCAUGUGAACACAUCUUUGGCUGGAUGCGUAUUAUAUCCCCAAGAUUCACUGUUCUGGAUGCUAGAAUGAUGUUGCCAAAAAUCCAUGCAAUUGUCAAAAACAUCAUGUCAGGGAAAAUGAAAAUACCACCUUCCGAACACAUGCAUUCUGGAUACCAGUAUGCGUUUUCGGAUGAGCCUGAAAACAAUCUUCUUGAGUUUCUUGCCAAGUUUCCAACUGAUGAAGAAAUUUCCGAGGAUCUAGCAAUUGCCCACGAGCGAGCCAAUCAACUGUCCCUGAUUGCUGGAAUGGGGUCACUGGUAUCUCUGAUCGAGGACGUUCCGGGCCCAGACCUGGAUGAGGUGGCUGAAAACUUGCCUGAAAAUUUAUCAGAUAUCUCUGUUUGCGCCACUCAACACUACAAUAUCGAGUAUGGAUAUACGGAAGGUGAAAUGCGCGAAAAGCAAGCGCUGGAAGCCGCUGCUCACUUGACCAAGGAACAGAACUCGCUUGCAAAACGCAGCAAUGUCUAUAUCGAAUCUGCUCAAUCCGGCGUCUUCAGAUAA